CGGAAGGAGCUCGCGCGACCGCCGCCGAAUCAAAGGGCGGGGCGUGGUGCUUGGCCGGUUCUGGCAGUGCUCCUCCUCUUCCCGGACCGAGACGCUCUCCGGCACCAUGUCUGCUUACCCCAAAAGCUACAACCCUUUCGAUGACGAUGCGGAAGACGAAGACUCUCGUUCGGCCCCGUGGAGAGAUGCCCGCGACCUCCCCGACGGAGCCAACGCACCCGCCGACAGGCAGCAGUACCUGCGGCAGGAGGUGUUGCGCAGGGCAGAGGCCACAGCCGCCAGCACUAGCAGGUCCCUGUCCCUUAUGUACGAGUCCGAGAAGAUUGGGGUUGCCUCUUCCGAGGAACUAGUUCGACAGCGAGGAGUCCUAGAACACACAGAAAAGAUGGUGGACAAAAUGGAUCAAGAUUUGAAGACUAGCCAGAAACACAUCAACAGCAUUAAGAGUGUGUUUGGGGGGCUUGUCAAUUACUUCAAAGCCAAACCAACAGAGACCCCAUCUGAACAGAAUGGUACUCUUGCUCCCCAGCAGAACAGCAGAUUAAAAGAAGCCAUAAAUACAAGUAAAGAACAGGAGACAAAGUACCAAGCCAGCCAUCCAAACCUCAGAAAGCUGGAUGAUGUAGAUUCUGUCCUUGGAGGGCCUGGUUCUGCUGUGAAUACAGAGGCUUACCCAAAGAACCCACACCUUCGAGCCUAUCACCAGAAAAUUGACAGCAACUUAGAUGAACUGUCCAUGGGACUAGGCCGUCUCAAGGACAUAGCCCUGGGGAUGCAGACAGAAAUUGAGGAGCAAGAUGACAUUCUUGACCGACUAACAACUAAAGUGGACAAGUUAGAUAUCAAUAUAAAAACCACAGAAAAAAAAGUUCGACAACUCUAGAGAAAGUGUUCCAUUCCAUUGUGAUGAAAAGAUUGGAAAGAUCUUGUUUUAAAUUCUCAAGAAAUGUCAUGUAUUACUUAGUAUGUAAUUUAAUGUGUGUUUACAAAUGUUAUAACAGAAUGGGUCUUAAGAGAUUUUUGUUGAGAUGAAGAAAUGUGUCCUAUUUUUUUUUUUUAGAGCCAACACCUGCCUUAAAUUCUUUCAGCUGAAUAACUGAGAGUUUUUAGUUUGAGCACAGUAGUCUAGCCCUGAAUAUCUUUGGCCUUUGAUUACCAUCCUCAAAGUAGGAGAAAAAGUUUCAUUUCUUACUUUCAUCAGUAUAUGGGAGGAUAUUGGCAAAAUUUCAGUCUGGCAACCAUACCCUGUGUUUCCCUAUUUGUUAUAUUUCUCAUUUCUAGGCCUUAUGUAAGUCAGAGUGUAAGGGAGGCUGAGACAGGAGGAACCCAAUUUCAAGGCCAGUCUCAGUAACUUAGUGAGAACCUUAGCAACUUAGUGAGAUCCUGACCCUAAAUAAAAAAUAAGAUUAAAAGACUGCUGUUUAUAUCUCAGUGGUAAACACCCCUGAGUUCAAUCCCAAGUAUUAAAAAAAAAAGAAGAAAGAAAGAAAGAAACGUUAUGUUCAUGGGGGAGGGUCUUUCCCACACCCUUAUAAUGGAAGUCAUUGCACACACCCAAUUUUGAGCACAUUGUGAUUAGAUUUUCUCCUCCCCCUAGAAAAAUAUCAGUGUUAGAUCCAGACAUAUAGUAUGGCACAUUCUUUGCUCUUUUGUUGACAGAUGUCACCUGUUCUCCUACUGAGCUCUGUCAUUGGUAUACAUUUCAAUAGGUGGGCUUUAGACCGGCAUUGCUCAAGGUGAUGCCUGGAAUGGGCAGGGAAUUGGCCCCUACCUACUCUUAGAUUCUCCGUCUGUGGUUGGAAACAGAUUCUCCAUUGGCUCAAGGACACCUUGCUGACUGACCCAAGGCGUCUGUAGAAUUUAUGGAAAUAGAAUAUCAUACAUAUGGGCUACCAGUGGUCUUAUUCCACUGAGCCCUUCACCCCACUGGGGAAUCACCAUUGCCAAGUCCUCAGCAUAGCAGAGUGUUUAUUUGAUGCCUGGAGUCCGCUGACUCAUCCAAGACUCUCAACCACUCUUCUGUUACUUCCUGCAAGGUGACAUUUGAAUCAUUGCAUUGGUUCUCUGUCACCCAGUUUUAGGAAUAAAAUUCCACAAAUGAUGCUGACCUUGUAUAGAAGGAUUUGGCUAAGAAAAAAUAUAAAGCCGGGUAUGAGCUACAUUCCCAGCUCACCCUUAUCUUUUUAAAAAACAAUUAAAAUAUUUCAAUGACGGUAAAAAGUACUGAUUUUAAUAGUAAGGUCAGAAACUUGAAGUAACAGUGCCUUCCCACUUAAAAUGUGGCACCAGCCUGUGGAUCCUGUGGCAUUUCAUGAUGCUUUCCUUUAUAUAGUCUAUAAAUGAAUGUCCCGCAAAGCAAAGGAAGCCUCCUUAAAGUACUUGCUACAGGGCUAGGAUUAUAGCUCAGUGGUAGGGCACUUGCCUAGCACAUAUGUGGCCCUGGAUUCAAUUUCUAACACUACAAAAACAAACAAAGUGUAACAGUGCAUUAGUUUUUUUGUUUGGUUUUGGAUUUUUUUUUUUAAGAGAGAGAGAGAAUUUUUAAUAUUUAUUUUUUAGUUGUUGGCGGACAUAACAUCUUUGUAUGUGGUGCUGAGGAUCGAACCCGGGCCGCACGCAUGCCAGGCGAGCACGCUACCGCUUGAGCCACAUCCCCAGCCCCUGGUUUUGGAUUUUUAUUUUGAGGUUUUGUUUUGUUUUGUUUUGUUUUGUUUUUUUAACAAUAUUGGGGAUUGAACCUAGAGCCUCAUGCACGUUAGGCAAACACUUUCCAACUGAGCUACAUCCUUAGCCCACAACUAGCGUCUGUAUAGCAAUUUGUAAAAGUUUCAUCCCACACAUUCAAACCUUCCUAAAAAUAGUGGCAGCCUGGCUGGAGAUGUAGCUGAGAGUUAGAGUGUUUGUCUAGCAUGAGAGGCCCCAGAAUUGAUCCCCAGUGCUGUUGGGGGAAAAAAAUGUUUUUCAUUUAAAAAAUGCAGAACAGAUUUUGUAUAUUUAAUACCUCCUAAUGGUUUCUGAUUUUUUUCCUCUAACACCUUCCUAUCAUAAUGUUUCUCUUUAUCACCAUCAGGCACAGAGUUGUGGAGAUUUUAACCAUUAUACCUCAGAUUUAAGCAUUUUUGUUGUUUUAAAUAAAUACACAGUGGUGCAUGCCUGUAAUCCCAGUGAUUUGAGAGACUGAGGAAGGAGGAUUGCAGGUUCAAGGCCAGCAAGACCCUAUUUCAAAAUAAAAAGGGACUGAGGUGUGAUCAGUGGAAGAGGGCCUCUGAGUUCAAUCCUCAGUUCCACAAAAAAUAAAUACAUAUGUAAACAUUCUUCUUAGCAGCCUUCCAUUUGCAUUAUGGAAUAAGUAAUUCAUCUUAGUUGAAGCAAAUGAAUCUUCUCAAUCUUCUCUUUUGUUAGGGUAAUGAAACCAAUCAUUCCCCUUUCUUUUUUUAAUAUGGGGGAUUCUACGCUUUUGCUUUACUUGUUUUCCUCACAUUAGAGGGCCUGUUCUUGUUCAGAACCUCUUGUUCUAAAGGCUUUUCCUGAGGGACUGUCCCUAUGCUGUUGACAGCUGACUGCUGCUUCUUGCUAAGUCUUCACCUACUCCCUAGCCCAUGAAGGACUGGUUGCUGGUGCUACUUUAUAAAGCAGAGUUGUUUGUAUUUUCACAGAGAAUAAAGGAAGACCUGAGGAGGCUCCAGAAUCUAUCUUUAUGAUAGAUCUUUAUGAUUGUGAUCAAAAAGAAAGAAUCCUACCUUUUGGAUUAGACACGCAAAGGUGCCAUGGCUGGGGCUAAUUAUGGAGCAGACUUUGGCACCCCAGUCAAUAUCAAUAAACUCAUCUUUUUUGCCAGAUGGGAUCCACAAGAUAGAUUUUGAUUUCCACAGGGGUCUUUUCCACAUUGUUUAGGAAAGGAAACCUGAAUUUAACUCAAGUGGCAAGAAAAAAAUAUAGCAGAGAUUUUCAUUUUUCUUAACUUCUUUUUUGUGAAUAUGUAAUUUUAAGUAUACACUACACCAGUUUAGUAAAAAUCUUCCACAAGCCUUUCUACAAAAUUUUUAAAGUUAUGAAUGUUGUUAAGUAUCUUCAAUUAUGAUGAAUGAAAUAUAUACAUGUUGAUGAGCCAGUCAUUGAAAAUGCUUAUCUUGGUAUCAUCUUGGGAUGGGGACUUUUUUUCAGAAUAUGUAUCAGAACAGAUAGUAUCCUCCAUGCCUUCAACUUAACAAAUGAGCAUAUUCCAUAAAAUAAAAUGUGAAGCUGUUUUUUAACCAAA